AUGUCAAGUAAUUCAACAAAACCAUCAACCCCGUCAAAAUUAUUAAAUUUAGCAAUAAAACAAAAUUCAUCAUCAUUCACAUCUAAUGUAUCACCAGAUAAUAGAAUAACCACAAAGGAAAUAGCUUUACGAAAUGAAAAUAAUAUAACAAAUACUCCAAGAAAUUUAAUAAGUGGUGGAUUUUCAUGGGUAUUACCAACAAAAAGAAAUGACUAUGAAUUUUUAAUUGCAAAUCCAAAAGCAUUAAAAGAUUUAAAUUUAACUGUGGAAGAAGUUGAAGAACCAAUAUUUCAAAAAAUCGUAAGUGGUGAGUUUUAUAAUGAUAAAGAAAAUAUUACAAAAUACAAUUUACCUUUUCCUUAUGCACAAGCUUAUGCUGGUUGGCAAUUUGGUCAAUUUGCUGGUCAAUUGGGUGAUGGUAGAGUUGUUAAUUUAUUUGAAUUACCCAAAACUAUAACAAAUGAAGAAGAAGAAUUAAAAAAUAGACCAAUUUAUGAAUUACAAUUAAAAGGUGCAGGUAAAACUCCAUAUUCAAGAUUUGCAGAUGGUAAAGCAGUUUUGAGAUCAUCAAUAAGAGAAUAUAUAAUAUCAGAACAUUUAAAUGCUUUAGGUAUACCAACAACAAGAGCAUUAUCAUUAACUUCAUUACCUACAACAUUAGCACAAAGACAUGCAGCAGAAAGAUGUGCAAUAGUAGCUCGAUUUGCAGAAAGUUGGAUUAGAUUGGGGACUUUUGAUUUGUAUAGGUAUAGAGGUGAUAGAGAUGGUAUUAGAGAAGUUUCUGAUUAUGUUAUUAAUGAAUUAUUUACAAUUAAUGGUAAAAAAUUUCAAAAUUUUGAAAGAAUUAAAAAUUUAAAACCUGAUUUAUUAAAAUUACCUAAAAAUAAUUCAAUUAUUGGUGAAUUAACAGAUUAUGAUAAAAUGUAUUUUGAAUCAAUAAUAAGAAAUGCAGAAACAACUGCAAUAUGUCAAUGUUAUGGAUUUUUAAAUGGUGUAUUAAAUACUGAUAAUACUUCAAUAUUAGGUUUAACAAUAGAUUUUGGUCCAUUUUCAAUAAUGGAUAAAUAUGAUCCAAAUUAUACUCCAAAUUCAGAAGAUCAUCAAUCAAGAUAUGGAUAUAAAAAUGUUCCUACUGCAAUAUGGUGGAAUUUAACUAGAUUUGGUGAAGAUUUAGCUGAAUUAAUUGGUGCUGGUUUUAAUUUAUUAAAAAAUCCUGAAUUUAAACAAGGUAUAAGAGAAGAAUGGGAAGAAGAUAUUAUAGAAAGAGCAACUAAAAUUAUAGAAAUUGGUGGUGAAAUUUAUCAAUAUUCAUAUACUUUAAAAUAUAUUGAAACUUUUUUCAAAAGAUUAGGAUUAUCUUUAAAUUUAAUAGAUAAACAAAAUCCAGAUUUACAAAAUAUUGAUAUAAUUCAACCAAUGUUGGAAAUAUUAUAUAAAUUACAAAUUGAUUUUAAUUUAUUUUUUUUAAAUUUACAAAAUAUUAAAUUUGAUUCACAACUGCUUGAAGAAAUAUCUACAGAAUUUUUAAAAGAUUAUGAUUCAAAUAAAAAUAGAAAUACAAAAGAAGACUUAAUAAAAGAAUUUCAAUCAUGGUUAAAAAUUUAUCAAGACUAUAAACAAAAAUCAACAACAACAACAAAUACUCCUGAUUCUACAAAAUAUAAUCCAUUAUUCUUACCAAGAAAUUGGAUUCUUAAUCAAGUAAUAGAACAAGCUCAAGAUUCUCGUUGUUCAAAUAUUACAUAUUUGGAAAAAUUACAAAAAAUGAGUUCAAAUCCAUUUAAUCCAGAACAAUGGGGGACAGAAUUAAAAGAAUUAGAAAAAAAUUGGAUUUUACAAGGUAAUAAAGGUGAUGAUUAUAGUAUGUUACAAUGUUCUUGUUCUAGUUAG